AUGACGGCCUCUGUCGCGAGCGAGUACUAUAGCGCUGGUGGGAACAGGCAGUCCGGCGCCGCUGACUGGUCCACAGUCUCUGGCCUCGUCGCCUUUGGAGCGGAUCAAAAUGUGGGCCUCUGGUCACCACUGAAUGACUCGGGACGCGGCAUCUCCGCCCUCCUCAGCGGGCACAUGGCGAAAGUCACGGCUGUCACGUUCUUGAAUCGUCCAUCAGACCCGAUAUCAGAUGAGCUUCUGGUAACCGGUAGCGCGGAAGGCGAAAUUGCUGCUUGGAAACAACAAGAUGGCUCGAGCCGACAGGGACGCUGGCAGUGUCUGACGAGGCUCAAAGCGCACGAUGGAUCAGUCAACGCCGUCGUUUGCCUCGGUGGGCACAACAUUGUUGUCACCGGAGGAGCCGAUGCAACCGUCAAAGUAUGGAGAGUCUACGCGAAUGAGAGACGGAUUGAGGCGUUGGCAACGCUCCCUCUCAAGCCCAGGUUCAUCCCCCUCGCCCUGGCUGUUGGUCUCUUCGGCUCGGACCAGGCCCACGAGACCGCCUUCCUGGUCGCCGGGGGAACUCGCAACGACAUGCAGGUCUUCUCGAUCGAGCAUCUGCCCUCGAAGCCUCAGAUCAAGCUGUGCGCCACGCUGACGGGACACGAGGCGUGGAUUCGAUCGUUGGCACUGACUGACGCGGGUGACGGAGGAUAUCUACUCGCGUCGGCUAGUCAGGACAAAUACGUGCGCAUCUGGCGCUUCCACUCUGGUAACCAGCACGGUCCUGUUCUCACAUCGACAGGAACAAACGCAUCCACCACACUGGCGGCGAAGGCGCAAUCAGUCAGGGCCGGAUCGCACGCGUACUCCAUCACGUUCGAGGCUCUCCUCCUCGGCCAUGACGACUGGAUCUAUUCUGCGACAUGGAGUCCUGGCACUGGUGUCAACGAUGCUCGACUCCUGACCGCCUCGGCCGAUGGCUCGUUAUCCAUCUGGGAACCCGACCCCAUCUCCGGAGUCUGGCUCAGCGUCUCCCGCCUCGGCGAGAUAAGCAGUCAAAAAGGCGCCACCACGGCGACGGGCUCGGCAGGCGGGUUCUGGACCGCGCUAUGGAGCCCCGACGGCAAGGCCGUCACCUCGCUAGGCCGCACGGGAAGCUGGCGUCUCUGGCAGUACGAUGCGGAAUCCCAAUUCUGGACCCAACGAUGCGGCAUCAGUGGGCAUGUCGGCGCCGUCACGGGCCUGUGCUGGUCCCCCGAUGGGAGCUACCUCCUGACCACGAGCGCCGAUCAAACCACGCGACUGCACGCGCAAUGGAAGCGAGGCCCCAAGCGGAGUUGGCAUGAAUUCUCCAGACCGCAGAUCCACGGCUACGAUCUGAACUGCGUCACGAGCACCUCGCCGUGGCAGUUCUGCAGCGGCGCCGACGAGAAACUCCUCCGCGUGUUCAAUCAGCCGAGAGACGUGGCCGGCAUGUUGAAUCGGCUUUGUGGGACUCCAUUGCCCGCAAAGGCAGGGACGGGUGUGAAUAUGCCUGAAAGGGCGGCAAUCCCCGUGCUCGGACUGUCGAACAAGGCCAUGGACGAGACCGAGGUCACGCAAGCGAACGAUCCGGACUCCACUACAGGCAUAGGCACAGCCAACGAUAUUGCUUCGGGUCUCGUCACCAUCAGCGAACCACCCACCGAGGACCUCCUGUCGCGCCACACGCUCUGGCCCGAGCAUGAAAAGCUGUAUGGCCACGGCUCCGAGAUCUCCGAGGCCGCCACGUCGUCUUCGUCACCAGCCGUUCUCGCCACAACAUGUAAAGCCAGUUCGACCGACCAGGCGGUGAUCCGUCUAUACGACACGACGAGCUGGACCGAGAUCAAACCGGCUUUAUCCGCCCAUUCGCUGACGGUCACGAGGCUUGCGUUUUGUAAGGAGCGGGGUGGGGAAGAGUACCUGCUUAGCGUGGGCCGAGACAGACAGUGGGCCGUGUUUACGCGGGAGGGGGGACAAGAGCACAAGCAUGACCUCGCUGUCGAGCCAAAGAGUAAACCUGCCAAAAGCUGGAUCCGCAUCGCCAACAACCCCAAAGCCCACAGUCGGAUGAUCCUCGAUGCGGCCUGGCUACCUGCCACUCCGGACCCGAGUUUCGUCACAGCAGGACGAGACAAGACGGUGAAGAUAUGGUCGGCGAAGCGGAGGCAGGACCAGAAGAAUCGUGAUGGUGACCAUGGCCCCGACUACGAAUUCACUCUGAGGGCCUCGAUCGCGCGAUCCAGCCCCGUGACAGCCAUCGCCGUUGCCGUUGCCGUUGCAGUACCACCCUCGACUCAAGACGCCGAAUCCAGCACCAAUGCAUGGAUCCUCGCCGCGGGACAGGACGACGGCACCCUCUCCCUUCACGUGAUCGUGAAUGCGCUCGCGAGCGAUGUGUCCUCCGACGGGCCAACUGUACUCAAAAGCGUGGACCUACCGAGGGAUCUAUGUCCCUCGCGAACGGUGAAUCGGUUGGCGUGGCGGCCCAUGAGUCGGUCUGGGGUCGGGUCGAGCGAGGCGGGCGAGGGGACGGGCGCAGGCAGUGCAAGAGCAAGAGCAAGAGCGUGUGGCGAGCUGGCAGUCGCAUCGGCGGACGGGUCGGUGCGGAUCUUGAGCAUUGACAUGGACGAGCUGGCGCGAGGGAGUUGA